AUGAAGACUAUCUUAUUUUGUUUGUUGAUUUGGUCCCAAAUCACUGCCUCGGAAAUAGUUAAAACAUUCACCUUAAGAGCCACAGGUGAGGGAAUUACUGGCUUUUACUAUGUCGGUUCACUAAACGAGAAGUUAUUUGGAGAUAAGGAUGCCCUUCCUGUUGUAUUAUAUUUACAUGACACAGGGGAAAUUGAAAAUGUUUCAGGAGAAUUCUUAAAACAAGGUCCAUUCGCCAUCUUGGAAACUGAAGCCGUUGAGGACAGAGGAUGGUGGUUCGAAACUGUUGAAGAUCAUGAACUUUUAACCCAUGAUGGAACUUCGAGAUUUUAUUUUGGUACUGAUGAACAUUAUCAAAUGUAUCGUAGUUUUACUCUAACAAGGUAUGCAUUUACAUUCCCAGUAAAAUUAGAAAUUCAUAAUGCUGAUACUCAUCCAGGUCAAGAUUCUUCUAGCAGCUCAAAAUCAAGUACUGAUAUUAUUAGUUCACGUGUAAGCGAUGUAGAUUCUGGUGUCUCCAGUAGCAUUAUUAUUGAUGAUGAUCCAAGCGCUGUUGAUGGUAAAUCAAGCGACACUGUUGUCGAUGGGAAUGCAACACCCAUUGAUGAACCUGAUGAACCAACCGACAUUGAUGAUCCUGAUAACCCAAGUGAUACUGCUGGAGAUGUCCCAGUUGUGGGAGAAACCCCAAUAGCAGGUGAAGAUGAUAAUGUUCCACCACAAAAUGAUCAAGUAAACACCCAACCUGAUGGUCAAACCAUUGGAACUGCUCCACCUACAAAUACUGAUGGAGCUACUACUCCUACUACUCUCAUAGCAACAGGAGAAACACAUCCAGAUGAAGGACCAGAUGGACAAGUGCAACCCACAGGAACGGGUCAAGGAGGGGCAACAACUGCUGUGAUUACAACCUUGGUAAAUAAUGCUGCUAAGAUGGAAUUAAUUGGUAUGACUGGAUUAGUUAUUCUUAUUGGGGGUUUAAUUUUAUAG